CCAAGCCUGGUCCCUCCUUUUCCACUACCUUUGAGCGCCAGAAAGCUCCAGACCAAGAGCUGCUGAGGGGCGGGGGAGGAAGGGAGUCACCAAGCCGCAGCCUGGCACCUUCCUCCCAGGGCAGGGCAAAUUCAUGCAAACAUUGGGAACCUAAGUGCCAGGCCCCAGUCUCUGACCUCGCGGAGCCCACGGCCAGCUGGGGAAGAGACUAAGCCGGGAAACACGAAGAUGAGUGCUACAAAGACUUGAGCCGGGAGCUACUAGAGUAUCAGGACCGACUUCCUGCAGAACGGUGGACUUCCUGCAGAACGCUGGAAGGGAGAGUCGUUUCUGAGGAAGUGACUUUUAAGCUGAGGGCUGAAGUGUGACCUGAGGGAACUGCUCUGGGCCACCGGUCGCCGCGCGGCCCCUCAGGGCCUGGGACCCGGAGCCUGGACCGAAGCUGGGCGGGAAGGCCCGAGCCAGGGGCGGAGCCACCUCGGGAGCUGGAGCCGGAAAGCGGAAGCCGAGGGCUGUUGCCCGGUGGUCGGCGGAGCGGCUGUCGCCCAGCUCUCGGCAGGCUGGGUCGCGGCAGCCCGGCCCGGAGAAGACCAGCGCCGCCUCCGCCUCCUCCCCGGCUCCCGGGCCUUUGCACCUCUCUUUUCCAGCUGGGCACAAAGCCUUUUGCUGUCGCCGUGGCGACUGGCGGCCUAGCGAAGACCUCCUUCGCUUUUAAUCCCGCUCAUUUUCCAGUUCAUUCUCUGCUUAUUUUCUGGUCAGCUUGUGACCCUGUAGGUCGGGCUCGGACAGGCGAUCGAUUUGCUGCCCUCAGGGCGCUGGGCGGCCUGCGGCCUCCGAGGCUGGGGCGGCCUCCGCGGUCUCCAUGGUAACGGCCCCGCUGACGUCUGCGCCAAGGGGGGAAGAUGCGGCCUGCCGGGCCCGCCGCCUCGCCCCCGACCUCACGGUGGGACCCCGGCCACUGAGGACGAAGGUCCCGGGCGCCGGCUCGCAGGGCAGCGGGCAGCAGGUGAGCGCCCGACGCCGGGGAGCGAGGGAGGCGGGUGCCGGGCGGUUCCAGCAGCCGCCCUGCCCCUCCCCCGCACCCACGAACACGCUCGCCCGAAACAUUGCAGAGGUUUCACCGGUCGCCGCUGCGCCAGUUUUUUGGUUUGUUGUGUUUUCCCUGGCGAACUGCCGGUGGAAGAGACAGACAGCAGCUCAUGGAGAGGCUGAGAGAAGCGGUUUUCUACCCAAAUUGGGAGAAUAACCUUCAGCAGCUGGACUCACCGACUGGUUUUCCUUCAUUUUCAGUGAAAUCCCAUUCUCUGGCUGGAGACACAGAUGGCCUCAAAUGAGAGAGAUGCUAUAUCGUGGUACCAAAAGAAGAUUGGAGCAUACGAUCAGCAGAUAUGGGAAAAGUCAAUUGAACAGACUCAGAUUAAGGGUUUCAAAAACAAACCAAAAAAGAUGGGCCAUAUAAAGCCAGACUUGAUUGACGUUGACUUAAUCAGAGGCUCAACAUUUGCCAAAGCAAAACCUGAAAUUCCAUGGACAUCUCUGACUCGGAAGGGGCUUGUUCGAGUUGUAUUUUUUCCAUUGUUCAGCAAUUGGUGGAUUCAGGUUACCUCUUUAAGAAUCUUUGUUUGGCUGUUACUGCUUUAUUUCAUGCAAGUUAUAGCAAUUGUCUUAUAUUUGAUGAUGCCUAUUGUGAAUGUAAGUGAAGUACUUGGACCCUUGUGCCUUAUGCUACUCAUGGGAACUGUCCACUGUCAAAUUGUGUCUACUCAGUUAACGAGACCAUCAGGAAACAAUGGAAAUCGGAGAAGAAGAAAAUUACGAAAAACUGUAAAUGGGGAUGGGAGCCGAGAAAAUGGAAACAACUCCUCUGAUAAAGUCAGAGGAAUAGAAACUUUGGAAUCUGUACCUGUUAUUGGUGGUUUUUGGGAGACUAUCUUUGGCAACAGGUCAAUAACUCUUAGAUUUGCUGUUUUGAGGCUAUUUUCCAGAUCUUUUAGGAUUAAAAGAGUAAAAUUAAUAUCUAACAAAGGGACUGAAACUGACAAUGACCCAAGUUGUGUACCUCCUAUCAAGAAGAGACAAUGUCGACCAGAGAUUAGAAUGUGGCAAACAAGAGAGAAAGCAAAGUUUUCAGAUGGAGAAAAGUGCCGUAGGGAGGCUUUUAGGCAUUUGGGUAAUGGGGUAUCUGAUGACCUGUCAAGUGAGGAAGAUGGUGAAGCACGGACACAGAUGAUAUUAUUGCGUAGGAGUGUGGAAGGGGCCUCAAGUGACAAUGGUUGUGAAGUUAAGAAUAGAAAAUCAAUACUUUCAAGGCACCUAAACUCUCAGGUAAAGAAAACCACUACAAGGUGGUGUCAUAUUGUGCGGGAUUCAGAUAGUCUGGCAGAAUCAGAAUUUGAAUCAGCAGCCUUCAGCCAGUGCUCUAGAUCUGGUGUGAGUGGUGGCUCUCGAAGCCUCAACAUGUCAAGAAGAGACUCAGAAAGCACCCGCCAUGACUCGGAAACUGAAGAUAUGUUAUGGGACGACCUGUUACAUGGCCCAGAGUGCCGGUCAUCUGUCACCAGUGACAGUGAGGGGGCCCAUAUGAAUACCCUUCACUCAGGGACCAAACGUGACCCCAAAGAGGAUGUUUUUCAGCAGAACCAUUUAUUCUGGCUUCAGAAUUCAAGUCCUGCCUCUGAUCGAGUUAGUGCAAUAAUCUGGGAAGGCAAUGAGUGCAAAAAAAUGGAUAUGUCUGUAUUGGAAAUAAGUGGCAUCAUCAUGAGCAGGGUCAAUGCAUAUCAGCAAGGAGUAGGUUAUCAGAUGCUGGGAAAUGUUGUCACUAUUGGAUUAGCAUUUUUUCCAUUCUUACAUCGACUUUUCCGUGAGAAGAACCUUGACCAACUGAAGUCCAUUUCAGCUGAGGAGAUCUUGACUCUCUUUUGUGGGGCACCACCUGUUAUACCUAUUAUUGUUUUGUCCAUAAUUAAUUUUUUUGAAAGAUUGUGUCUUACUUGGAUGUUUUUUUUCAUGAUGUGUGUGGCAGAGAGAACAUAUAAACAGAGAUUUUUAUUUGCAAAACUCUUCAGCCAUAUUACUUCUGCCAGGAAAGCUCGGAAAUAUGAAAUACCUCAUUUCAGACUUAAGAAGGUGGAGAAUAUUAAAAUAUGGUUAUCACUGCGUUCCUAUCUAAAGAGACGGGGGCCACAGCGCUCAGUUGAUGUGGUUGUAUCUUCAGUCUUCCUGCUGACACUUUCAAUUGCUUUCAUUUGUUGUGCUCAGGUAAAAGUUUCAUAUCUGCUUUAAGGAAAAAUGAAAACUCUAUUAUAGGGUUCACUUUCUGUUGUAGUCUAGGUCUUUAAGUGUGUAUUUUUAAUGCGUCUACAUUUUUUACUAUUUUGGAUAUUUGGUAAUUUUUCUAACUUUUCAAAAUGGGAAUACUAGUAAUUUUGAAGCCCUUUCAAACUGUAAGAUCACUCUAACUUUAGUUGGUAAUU